AUGAAAACAGGUCUAGGUGACAGGCUUCUGGGCAUUGCUCCAGCAUUCCGAAGGGGGAAGGCAGAUGAAGAAUACCCAACUCCGGGUGAUAAGAAAGGCAGCCCUCACCACAAGGGGCCCAUGCAGCUACUUGGGCUCCUCAGCCUCCUAUGGAUGCUCAGGGCCUUCCUGGGGGCCACAGGUACACGUUCUUCUGUCACUGCUUCUCCUACUUCAUGUGAAACUACAAAAAAUUCUUUAAUCAUAUCUUCUCUAAUAACCUCUUCUAUUGGAACAACUCCGACUGUUUCGAUUUCCCCCACCACCCCAUGUCCAGAAUACAUAUCUGUUACAAUAGUGCCUACUUCUCCCACCACUCCAUGCAUAGAAAUUGAUCAAAAUAGUAAAGCUACCUUUACUCCCACUAUCCCAUUAUCGGUCUUUACCUCUACUACUGAGAUGGCCACCACCUGUCCUAGUUCCACCAGUAUGACAACAGUAUUUCUUACACAUAUGGACACUUCUACUUCAUAUUUGGAAAUUGAUCCCACCAACAUCAUAACUGAGGCCCCUAAUUCUCUCAGCCCUGGGACUACUAUUCCCAUUAGCAUAGUUUCGACAAGCACACAAAGACCCACCAGUGGUACCUGGAUGAGCUCCUACUCUGUAACCACCCCACCUGUGUCCAGCUUCACUAGUCUCCCACUGACCAUGGAGUGAAGCAGCAGCUUUCCAACUGUCAUGAUAAUGUUGAGCAAGUUGACACACCCCAGCCCAACCAUGACCAGGACCCCAAAGACAUCAGUGGUCACCACUCAGACUCCCACCACUUUUACAUCACCCGGGACAACUCUGACCACUACUCAGAUGACCACACCAUCUCUACUGACCACCAACCCAGGUUGCACCUGUGACAAUGGUGGCACCUAGAUACAAGGCCAUUGCCUUUGUCCCUCGGGGUUCUCUGGGGACCACUGUGAGCUCCAGGAGAUCAGAUGCCAGAACAAAGGUCAAUGGGAUGGCCUCAAGUGCCACUGCCACAGUACCAUCUAUGGAUCCCAGUGCGAGUUUGCUGUGGAAAAGGUGGAACUGAAAAUGGUGGACACUGAAGUGGGCAUGGAGGUGUCUGUCCAGCAGACAUUCACCCCAGACCUCAAUGAUAACACUUCUGAGGCCUAUAUAGAUUUCAGCAACACCUUCAAGAAUCAGAGAUCCUUGGCAUUUCAAAUGAAGAAUGUUUACGGAAACAUGCAGGGGUUCAAGGAUGUGGAAAUCCUGUCCCUGAGGAAUGGAAGCAUCGUGGUAGACUAUUUGGUUCUGUUGGAGUUGCCUUUCAGUGUCCAGCUGGAGAAUGAGUAUGAGAAGAUGAAGACAGCCCUGAAGGAGGAUCUCCAGAAUGCCAGCAAGAACAGCUGUCUGAAUAACCAGACCCUGUGUUAUAAGCAUGACUCCAUCAAGGUGAACAACAACAUCACCACGAAGCUGACCCUGGGAGCCAUCUGUUGCUGCACAGCUGCCCAGGAUUUCUACUUUCCCUUGGUGGAGGACAGCCAGCUCCACUGCGUUACCAAAUGCACAUCGGAAGUGGAUGGCACCAUUGACCGUAACCAGGGCCUGUGCUUUCUAGAGAAAAGUGGUCCGGCUUUCCGCUGCUUCGCCACGAACAUGCACUGGUUCCUGGGUCGCUGCGAGAUGUCUGUCUCCUGGAAGGCGCUGAUUGGGGGCCUAGCGGGGGCCGUAGCCCUGCUGCUGCUGGUGGUGGCAUUCGGCAUCUUUGUGGUGGGUCCCCAAAGGAGGCGCUGCGAACGUGGAGACUGGUCUGGGGACACGAAAUGGUUCCUGAUGUGGGAUGAGGACUCUGUGGGAACUUUUACCAACUUGGGCUUCCGAGACGACAGCACAGGUGAGUACUUCCCCUUGGGGGAGGAGCAGGAGUUUCCCUCAGCACCACUUCGGCCAGAGCAGGACCCGAAUAUCUCCCUCGCUCAGGACAGACGUAUACCUCCUGCUAGGGAGCUCAGCUCGCUGCUUGCCCAGUCCUCGCUGUGGAACAUCCAAUCCAAGAAGGAAAACUUCCAUGUGGCCUUGGAGAAUGUGCCCACCAAUGUAAGGGUACGCACCCAGACACCUGAGGUGGCCUUGUCCUGGAUAAUCGACUUUAUCUUCAGCACCUUCUACAAGCAGUUCCACCUCUACUGCAGGGUCUACGGGAGCAGAAUCGACUUUAUCUUCAGCACCUUCUACAAGCAGUUCCACCUCUACUGCAGGGUCUACGGGAGCUAG